UCAUAUAUAAAAAUAAAUAAAUUAAGCCAAGUUUAACUAUUUUAAAUAAACCAAUAACAUGGACCUAAAUCUGACCACAUACAGAAGGAUGCUAUUAGAAUAACAGGCUGGGUGGUAAUGUGGCAAUGGUGGUAGAUAGGCAGACCUGCGAGGUAGAAGAAAGAAUGAGGGAAGUAGAAAAGAAAUGUGAUUAUGGAUUAUAGUAUAUAUUUGACUUGGUUAUGUUAUGUUGUGCACUUGUCUUAUUCCGAACAUAUAUUCUUUUUUAUUCAACUUCGAUUUGUGUUUUGGUACUGUUUCCUCUUAUCUCUCUUGAUCCUCUUUUUGUUUUGACAACUCAAGUUCUAUCGGAUCUCGCUCUUCCUCUCUUCCUUCUUUCCCCUCCCCCUUAAAAAUCCAUUAUUUUACUAAGAAUCCUAAUAAAAUAAGGAGAAAAUCGAGGAAACUAAGAAAUAGUCCCAAGUAAACUGGUAAACAAAUCGCAAGAUGUUUGUAUGCAUAAUGGAAUAUCCUACGCCAGAAGAAUAACAAGCACUGCAUAUUAAUGUUGUGCUGGUGCAUAUACUCUUAUUUGCUCAAUAGGGUCUGGUGUUUUUUGCUACAGGAAUGGUGGACAUAUGUCUGUAUGGGACCAUCAGAUCCUCAUCCAAAUUGGCAUCUAGGAAUGCGAGGUACCCAACACCGUGCCGUUAUGUGGCGUGUGUGGAAAGAGGGUGGCACAGGAUUUUUGUACUGGGGGGCCAACUGCUAUGAGAAAGCAACUGUAGCCAGCGCAGAGAUAAAAUUCAGGCAUGGUCUACCCCCUGGAGACGGAGUCCUAUACUAUCCCGGUGAGGUGUUCUCAACUUCUCAUCAGCCAGUGGCUUCUCUUAGACUAGAACGCAUACUUAAUGGCUUGCAGGACAUCGAGUACCUGAGACUAUAUGCUUCAAGAUACGGUAGGGAUGAAAGUAUUGCACUUUUGGAAAGGACGGGAGUGUACUUUGGUCCUGAGCGUUACACAUUUGAGCAUAUGCCGAUUGAUGCAAUGAGAGGGCAAAUAUUUAAUGCCUGCCGUUCAUAAAUCGGGUAUUUAUAGAUGCUGCUUGGUCGAGUGCUUCAUUUGUCGAUAGCUGGAAAGUUCAGCUUGAGCAUCUUAAGCGUCUAACCUCUAAAGAUGCGACAACAUAGUUAUCGAGUGAGAUCCUUGGAAUAUCACACACACACGUACUAUCCAAUUUGAACUCCUAGUAUGAAAUGUGAUAGUCAUAUAUAUAUAUACACACACACACAUAUAAAGCAUCUGAAACGUACUUAGAUGAGAAAUCUGUUGUUCAUAAUGUGCCUUUUGAGAGUACAUAGGACCAUAAUCUAUUACAGUUAAUGUUGCAGUGUGGGGAUGGUAUAUUUUGGUAGACUUGCUUAUUUUAACAUGCUUGGUAGACAUUUUUAAUUGAUACUGUAAACUAGUUGAACUAACAAGAGAAAUGCUAAUAAUGUACUUAUUUUUAUAUGAA